AGUUUUCAAAGCAUGGAAUGACCCCACAUUCCCAGCAAGUCCAUCACCGAACCAUUUCCCACUCUCCACCUAACUCCCAAACUCACUCUCUCGCUCUGCGCAACCGUGUGUUGUGGCGACUCUCACUCGACUAUCCUCCGUUCUCCGCCACAGAUUCUCAAUGGCCACCGCUGCCGCAGCAGCAGCUUCAGCUGCAACCUCAAUCGUCAAACUCGACACCUCCGCCUUAGCCUCGCCUUUCCGAAGCCGGAUCUCUCAGCUCCGCCUUACCUCUCCUUCGCCUCGGUUCUCCCAAUUUCGACCCUUGACCUCUUCCAAUUCUUCUGGUAUUAAAGCCCAGGUUGCAACUGCUGAACAAGCUGUUGUUGGUGCGGUGCAACAAGUUGAAUCCCCAGUUGUUGUUGUCACUGGAGCUUCUAGAGGAAUAGGGAGAGCUAUUGCAUUAACUUUGGGGAAGGCUGGUUGUAAGGUCCUUGUAAACUAUGCGAGGUCAUCAAAAGAGGCAGAAGAAGUAUCCAAAGAGAUUGAGGCUUGUGGAGGUCAAGCUCUUACAUUUGGCGGUGAUGUAUCAAAAGAAGAAGAUGUCGAGUCAAUGAUAAAAACUGCUGUAGACGCGUGGGGGACUGUUGAUAUACUGGUGAAUAAUGCAGGUAUUACAAGGGAUGGCUUAUUGAUGAGAAUGAAAAAAUCCCAGUGGCAAGAUGUCAUUGAUUUAAAUCUCACUGGGGUGUUUCUUUGCACUCAGGCUGCUGCAAAAAUAAUGAUGAAAAAGAGAAAGGGGAGAAUCAUAAAUGUGGCUUCAGUGGUUGGUCUUAUUGGCAAUGCUGGGCAGGCAAAUUACAGUGCUGCAAAAGCUGGUGUUAUUGGAUUCACAAAAUCUGUAGCGAAGGAGUAUUCCAGCAGGAAUAUUAAUGUUAAUGCUGUUGCCCCAGGAUUCAUUGCGUCCGACAUGACAGCAAAGCUUGGAGAAAACAUUGAGAAGAAAAUUUUGGAGAAUAUCCCCCUUGGACGAUAUGGUCAACCUGAGGAAGUUGCUGGGCUAGUGGAGUUUUUGGCCCUUAACCCUGCUGCCAGUUAUAUCACUGGACAGGUUUUGACAAUUGAUGGGGGCAUGGUGAUGUAAGAGGUUCAUUGGUAUCAGAUUAUCGAGACUUCAGAUCAAUGACCUGAUUUAAAAAGAGAUUGGGUCUAUCGGCGGUUCCUUCUUUCACUCUGUCCUGAAAUUAUCAAGAUAAAGAAUUUCAGACUUCAUAUUGGUUUGCCGUAGAGCUGACAAGUGUUGAUUAACUAAAGAUUCUCGUUCCUAAAUUCAACCCUUUGAAAGUUUGUUCUCUCUUAGGCUGUGUUUGGUUCUGUAGAGAACAUUGUAAACUGAGUUUUCAAUUUCGAUGGAAGUUAUAUAUAAAUGGAAAUCAGGUUUUAUAGUUGA